AUGGAGACGCUCGAUGCUGGUAGCAGACAGCCUGUCGGCCUGCCCUCCAUCAACCACAUGGACGCCGACAGAGUCAAGCGCGAGGAGAUUGACUAUCAGAGAAAACUCUCGGCUCCCGCUAUGCCGAGCCCGUUGCACGCCUACUCUGGGCCCUCACAUUCACACAGCAACCACCAGUCGUCCGUCGCCAGCGCAGUACCCGCCUCGCUUGGGGGCUUGCUGUCUCCCCCCGAGUCCCGCAGGACGUCGGGCGACGAAAAGGACUCGCAGCGGCCCGCUGCCCGCCAGUCCUUGCCAUCGAUCCACGAGGCGCUGGGCUCGGAGAAGCCCCUCUCAUAUCCUGCUUCGGUGCCUCCGCCCUCUUCAAUACCGCCAGCUCCCCAGCACUUCCACUCGACAUCGGCAGCGCCCUCACCCGCCGAGCCACGUCCACGCCACUUCCCCCCGGAGCUCCAGCACCCCAGCCAAGGGCCCCCCAACUCUUCAUCCCACGCAAGAAGUCCCUACCUCGCCUCGUCCGCACCACCCGCAGGCCCGCCCCCGCCUGCACCAGCUCCGACAGAGUCGUUUCCUCGCCCGCCAUUCUCCGACCCACGGCCGCCGUAUUCCACCACUCCGCACAAUCCCAAGCUGCCCUCGCUCCAUCCGCUCAAAACCGCCCAGUCUUCACCCCCGACCGCCCACCGUCCAAGCAUCUCGUAUUCUUCGUAUCCGCCCCCAACCUCAGCGCCCUACGAGGGCCCUGCUCCUCCGUCCGCGGGUCCCAUGAGCCAGCACCAUUCUUACCCACAAUAUCCACCCAGCUAUCCCCUGUCUGCUUCUUCCACAAGCGCACCCAACUCUGCGUAUCCUCCACCAGCUUCGACUUACUCUGCCCCGCCCCGGUAUCAUCCGCAAUCAUGGCAAGACAACGCCGAACUUGCUCGUUUGGAAGAAAAGAAGAUUGGACGCUCGAGCCUGGCUCCCUACGGCGAGUCUGUCAAGCGGCAUCUCGAGAGCUUCGACAUUGAAGCAUCGCUCAACGAAAUGGCCGAUGGGUCUGGACGCAUUGCCGAGUUCUCCAAGAUGUACCGCCAGCGGGCGCACGACAACCAACGCAUCGGCAUGACGCCACAGUCGAUGCCAAGGCUAGAAGAGGUUGACGAGAUGCUCAAGCAAAGCGAGAGGAUCCAGAUGUCUCUGCAGCGCAUGCGAGAUGUCGUCUUCAACCAUCACCAGGCGAGCAUGGCCGAGGCUCCGCAGGACCCGCGCUAUCGACCAAUGAAUGGCUACGAUGAGAGCGGUAGCGGUUAUGGUGACGACAGCAAAGGCAUGGGUGGCUUUGCUGGCGCUGACAACAAGACGCGGAAACGAGGGACCACGAUUCAUACUGACGCUGACUCUACAAACAGCGUGCUGCUCCACCAGGACGAUGCCAUAGCUGCAACCGUGCCGAGACGCCCGAGUGGCGAAGAGGGCCCGACGGUGCGCGGACCUUGUGCAAUGCUUGCGGCCUGCGUA